CCAAGCCCAGGCUGUGUAUGAUUUCCGAUGCCAGAGUCACACCAGUUAACCGACAUCCGACGGCAAUGAUGCUGCCUGUGAGAAAGACCGUCGACGCUAUUGUCACCGGGCUCUCGAUAGCCGUUGCUGUCUCUUACCUCAUUUGCAAGCACAAUGAAAAGAAGUCACCCAGAAGAAAGAAGUCCAAAAAUGGCUUAGUCGCCGCAAUUGGCAACACCCCUUUGAUUAGAAUCAACAGCCUUUCAGACGCUACAGGAUGCGAGAUUCUUGGGAAAGCAGAGUUCUUGAAUCCAGGAGGGAGUGUUAAAGACAGAAUAGCGGUGAAAAUUAUUGAGGAGGCUUUAGAAUCUGGAGCCCUAAGUGAAGGGGGUGUAGUUACAGAGGGCAGUGCUGGAAGUACAGCCAUUAGCCUUGCGACGGUAGCUCCUGCGUAUGGGUGCACAUGCCACGUGGUUAUCCCUGAUGAUGCUGCUAUUGAGAAGUUUUGGGGAUCUAAACAAAUUUGAUGCUAGCCUGUUUUUUAGUCUCAAAUCCUUGAAGCACUUGGGGCUACAGUUGAAAGGGUUCGGCCAGUUUCAAUAACUCACAAAGACCAUUUUGUUAAUAUUGCAAGAAGAAGAGCAUCAGAAGCUAAUGAAAUAUCAUCUAUAAGAAGCGAAGCAGAUAGAAAUGGCGCUAAACAAGUCAAUGGCCAUAAAACCACAGAGGAAAAACAGAGCUCAAUAUUCUCACUCGAGUGCAAGGGCGGAUAUUUUGCCGAUCAGUUUGAAAACCUUGCGAAUUUCAGGGCCCACUAUGAGGGCACCGGUCCUGAGAUAUGGGAACAAACAGGUGGGAAUCUGGAUGCUUUUAUUGCAGCAUCAGGCACUGGUGGAACAGUUGCUGGCGUUUCCUGUUUUUUGAAGGGAAAAAAUGCAAACAUCAAGUGUUUUCUUGUUGACCCCCCUGGUUCUGGCUUAUAUAACAAAGUAACGAGAGGAGUGAUGUACACAAGGGAGGAAGCUGAAGGGCGGAGGCUGAAGAACCCAUUUGAUACUAUUACUGAAGGGAUUGGAAUUAACCGGAUUACAGAAAAUUUUAAGUUGGCAAAACUGGAUGGGGCAUUCCGAGGUACAGACAAGGAAGCAGUUGAAAUGUCUAGGUACGUGUUGAAGAAUGAUGGUCUGUUUGUUGGAAGCUCUUCAGCGAUGAACUGUGUUGGAGCUGUUAGAGUUGCGCAGGCAUUAGGGCCUGGCCACACCAUCGUGACAAUCUUGUGUGACAGCGGCAUGAGGCAUCUGAGUAAGUUUUUCAAUCCUGAGUAUCUGUCUCAGCAUAGCUUGGCUCCUUCGGCAGCUGGGUUGGAGUUUCUUGGUUUUACUUGAACUUUGUGUAUCACAAAUUAUCCAGCUCUUUGCAUGAAUUAAUCACUUUGAACUUCUAUGUAUUGCUCUCAAGAGGUGAAAACAUUUAAAGAUAUAGCUGAUAAGGCAGACUCCCUCUUAGUAUAUGUGCUGUAUAGCAUACAGUGUGGGUGCAGCCGCACAAUUUUUUUCACAAAUACAGGUUACGUACUUAUGCUGGUACGCUGUUCCAAUGAAGUAUUCCC